GUUUGCUUUCUUCAUUUUUUUAUUAUUAUUAUUAGUUUCCAAAUAAUAGACCUUAAACUUGAUUAUUUUCUUCAUUUUUUUAUUAUUAUUAUUAGUUUCCAAAUAAUAGACCUUAAACUUGUUUGUUUUCUUCAUUUUUUUAUUAUUAUUAAUUUCCAAAUAAUAAACCUUAAACUUGUUUAUUUUCUUCUUUUUUAAUAUAUUCAUGUUUUAGAGUAUUUUAAAAUAAAGAUGAAGUUUAAGUUUUUUCUAAUUUUUCAGUAAAUGAUUUUUCUUCUUUUUUUUAUUCAUUUUUUUCUGCUUUUUUUGUUAAACCAAAAAGACCUAUUUUAUCAUCUUAUUAGAAUAGUUUUGUACUAUUUUGAUUAGUUUCAUCUAUUUUUAUAUUUUUAUUUGCAAAAAGACCCUCUAUAUUUUAAUUUUCUUUCUAAAAAAGACCAAGUUCAGGUUUUUCUUGUAUUUUUUAAUUUUAUUCUUAUUAUUUUUCUACAAAAAGAUUAGAAAAAGUUGAUAUGUUUUCCUCUUUUUUAGUAAUAUUUUAAUCUUUUUAAUUAAAAAAGGUAUUUAUUUCCAUAUUUCCAAAUAGAGAUGAUACAUUUGAAUUAUCUUAUUAUUUAAUUUGAAUAUUAAAAUGCUAUUUUUUAUGAUUAUUAUUUUAUAUAUUUAAAGGCGUUUCUAUAUUUUCUUCAUUUGAGAAAUUAUCAAUGGAAUUUUUUUAAAUAAUAUUUAAAUUUUUAUCUUCUUUUUUUAUUUUAAAGACUGGAGUACUUAUUUAUUAUUUAUCAAUUAUUAUUUAUUUUUCUUAUUAUUCGGACAUUUUCUUUUAUUCUUAUAUUUAUUAUUUUUAUUAAUAACAAGGUAAUAACUAUAAAAUAUUUCUUUCUUUUGAAAGUUUUUCAAACUAAACUGCAUUUGAUUAUGAUUUUUAAUUUAAUACAAUGGUUUAUUUUUAUUCAAUUUUUUAAUAUUUAAGCCAUUCGAAUACACUUAUUCUUUAUUUAUAGGAAACAUAUUCAUUUAAUUAUUUAUUUUACUAUAUAAUAUUGCUAUUAUUAGGUAUAAUCAGUUAUUAAUCUAAAUCUAAAUUAAUAAUACCUUUUUUAUUAUUUUUAUUAUUAGUUUUUUAGUUAGUUUAAGAAUUUAUUUAUUUUAUAAUAGAGGAGUUAUGAGAAACUAUGUAAGAAAGUGCUUUUUUUUAACUCUCUUGUUCUUGUUCUUCUUCGAAAUUUAAACUUAGAGUAAUUUUCUUUUUUUAUAUAUUAUUAUUAUUGUUGUUUUUUGGUUUUUCUAAUAAAUUAUGUAGCUCUUUUUUCUUGAAUUCUAGGAAUGUCUACAUAUUUAAAUUUAAAGUUGUAAAAUUAUAACUUAUAUUUUGAAAAUAGGAAAUUAAUUAUGAUAAAAAGUCCAUUUUUAGUCUCAAAUUUUCUUAAUAAACUGACUCUUUAUCGUUAUUAUAUACCAUAGUGAUUUUUUAAUUAAUAAAAAGAGCUAUUUUAGGG